AUGCAACUUUCAGAGGAAACAAAGGAGCGCAUUGGAAAGGUCAUUGACUUGUCUCGUGUUGCUAUUCAUUAUGGUUACCUUCCCCUGAUCAUCUACCUUGGUUAUACUCGCAGCGAGCCUCGUCCGUCUUUCAUCAGACUCUUUUCACCUCUCGCAUAA